AUGACAGUGAAUACAGCUUCAUUCAGCCGAGAGCAAAUUGUCGCUUCAUAUAUUAAUGUCUACUUUCCCGAUGACAUCACGGGAACUAUCGACCUCGAUCCUUGGUAUAUUCUGCUUUCCGGAAUAUCCGCCAUACCAAAUAAGCCCGUGAUGCUUGAGAAAGCUAUGGCGGCGACGUCUUGUAUCUAUCUUGGCAAGCUCAACAAGGACACUCGCAUGCUUAAUCAUGGACUUCAGCUAUAUAAUGGUGCGAUACACCAUGUAUCGCAGGAGCUUAGCCGCAACAAGUACACCGAUGAGCUUUUCUUUACAAUUGGCAUUUUUCAAAUCCUGGUGGCGCUGUAUUGUCCCCAUGGUCUUGACGUAAUGGUACAUCAAACAGCAGUGACCAACGGGAUCUUCAAGCAUAUUUUAUCACAUUCAACUAACAGUCCCAUCAUCAAAACUCUAUGUCUGGCAUUCCAGCGAAUGCGUUUGUUAAAAUCACUUUCACCAAUUGAAGCAAAUAAUGUAGUAGACUUGGCUAGAGAGCAUACCCCGGCGGCUUUGAUCUCCAACGAAAAUGUGGCUGUUGAUGAAUUGUUUCAACUCAUGGCCGAUAUCUCACCAAUUGCAGCUGCAGUCAGUAUGACCGAUGUAUCCGACAAUACGGCCUGUCACCUAUCGCUCUAUGACUGCCUUGCACACAGAGAAAAACUAUUAUCAUGGUAUUCACGCAUGAAGGAUCGUAUUGGUGGCAGCCAUUACGUCGGCGAGAGCGGUGAUUUUCCGUGCAAAAACAUAUCUUCAUCGGAACAUUUAUUCGGUCGUCCCUAUGGCUUCUCCUCUUUGGAUAGUGCGAGGUUACAUAUUCUCUUCUGGUCAGCGAUGUCCAUCCUCCAGGCUCUGCUCGGUCAGACUCAUGCAUAUGCAUAUACAUCUGCUCCCCCCGAUCCUUUCACCAACAAAGAAUAUCAACUUUCAGAAUACUAUGCGGACGAGGUCAGUCGAGCCAUGCCAUAUUGCCUGCAGGACAGCAUGAAGGCGUGGGGCGUCAGCAUUACGAUUUUCGGCAUGGGUCAAAUCGCCAAGGUAUACAUGGAACUCAGACGCGAGGAGAAGUUUAUGUGGAGUCAACAGCUCUUCAAACAUGUGGGUGACAUCGGAUCCGACCUUGGUUAUCGUAUUGGCGAACUUCUGCAGUUUGGCUGGGGUCUUUUGGAGCAAUCCGACCGCAAUGAGCACCCGGAAUUGUCGCCAGUGCCCACGAGUCCAUCUAACCCAUCUAGUGGUGCAUCUGCUGCGUCUGCAGUAUCCCCCGCGUCUAGUACAUCUACCGCAUCCACCGCCCCCUUUCGUCGCGGAAUAUGUACCCAUGCAUGA